AGUACUGGGGAUGUUGAGCUGUGGGGGCCAGACCCAGGGAGGGAUGGGAGUAAGGGGGGCUGUGGCAGCUGUCCAGCCAUGAGCUGGGCUGGCCAGCUCAGGGCAGUGUGUUUAUGGACCCAACUCUCACAUCAGCAGUCAUGAGCAGAAGUGACAACUGCACGGAUCUACUAGCAUUGGGAAUCCCUUCCAUAACCCAGGCCUGGGGACUGUGGACCCUCUUAGGAGCUGUGACACUGAUGCUUCUCAUCUCACUGGCUGCACUGUUGUCCCAGUGGACCAGUGGCCGGAGCAAGAGCCAGCCUGGGCAGGGACGUUCUGGAGGGUCGGUGGAAGAGGUCCCCCUGUAUGGGAACCUGCACUAUCUACAGACAGGACGGCUGUCUCAAGACCCAGGACCAGACCAGCAGGAUCCAUCCCCGGGAGGUCCUGUCAGGGCUGCAGAGGAGGUGAUGUGCUACACCAGCCUGCAGCUGCGGCCUCCUCAGGGCCGGAUCACCAGUCCUGUGACCCCCAUCAAAUACUCAGAGGUGGUGCUGGACUCCGAGUCAAAGCCCCAGGCUGCCAGCCCUGAGCCAGAGCUCUAUGCCUCAGUGUGUGCCCAGACACGCAGAGCCCGGGCUUCCUUCCCAGAUCAGGCCUAUGCCAACAGCCAGCCUGCACCCAGCUGAGGAGGAGGGCCUGGAGCAGCGGCCAUGCACUGCCACCUCCUUGUCGCAAGGACUCUUGCUGCCCUGCCAGGGGCAUGCCUGUUUUCCAACCACACCCAAGGACUACCAGCUAUUACCCAGUCACAGGUGGUGACCUACCCAGAAUUUCCUAUCUGAGCAGUGAGAGACAUCUCAGGGUAUGGUAGGCCCAAGGCUUCCUGAGAAUAGAGGAAGCAAAGACAGUGGCCCCCUCCCCACUUCUUUUUUCUAUUUGUUCUUCUCAGCCCUCACACUCCCAGGUUGUCACCUCUUUCUCCUUCUGGAGUUCAACCAGAUUCCCCUCAAUCCCCUCCCUCACAGCUUACCCUGCACCUCAGUGUCUCCUCAGGCACAGGAAGUGGAUACCGUGGCAGGUCUAAGCACCUGAGAGGAUGUGGGUAAGAAUCAUUUGGGGGAGUUCAUAGGCUGGAAGGGUCCUAGGACCUAUGACCUGAGGGAUCCAAACCUGGCUUCUAA